CCUUUACUCUUCUUUUUCAUUAAAAUCAUCCGUCUCUAACGCGAAGUGGUGAUUACCGGAGCUUUAUUCCAAUGGCGACUGAAGGGAACGAAGUCAUGGUGGUCGGAAUCGACGACAGUGCGCACAGUCUUUAUGCUCUGGAGUGGACCUUAGAUCAUAUCAUCGUUCCAUUCACUAAAGCUAACUCUCCGUUCAAGCUCUUUGUUGUUCAUGCCAAACCUUCCCCUGCCUCCGCCGUCAGUCUCGCCGGACCUGGAGCGGCUGAGAUUUUCCCUCGUGUGGAUUCGGAUUUGAAGAGGAUUGCUUCUCGAGUCAUCGAAAAGGCGAAGGAGGUUUGCGUCGCCAGAUCGGUGCAUGAUGCUGUGCUGGAGGUGAUAGAAGGAGAUGCCAGGAAUGUUCUUUGUGAGGCUGUAGAAAGGCAUCAUGCUAGUAUGGUGGUCGUUGGAAGCCGUGGCUAUGGAGCUAUAAAGAGGGCUUUUUUAGGCAGCGUUAGUGAUUACUGUGCUCACCAUGCUCACUGCACCGUGAUGAUUGUAAAGAUGCCUAAAACCAAGCACUAAAUCUCAUGGCCUUUUAGUUCUUUCCCCGAGUGGUAGUGUGGAGAUCCCAGAUGGUUUUAGUGUGAAUUCAUAUCAUCAUCAUCGAGUAAAUGGUCUUGUACUGAUACGAACUGUGAUAUUUGAAGCUCUGUAAUAAUAAAAGCUUCCGUAUUGGUAUAAUUCGACUCUGUUUACACGUGUCAUU